AUGAAAGGAAGUAUCGCGGUGGCCUCUGGACCAGACCUCUACGUGUAUUGGAAACUCAAACCUCAUCUAAAAUUCUCUCUUCCAGCAAUCGAAGGAAAUGCUGAAGAACUGUCAAUCUGGCAGGAUUUCCGUUUGGCCGCCUCGAAGUGUCAGCGAACGGAUAGAUACGAAAUUGAGGAAAGUGGCUUGGCCUUCACAGAUGAAGAUCCGAAUGCUCCUGACAGCCCGCGCCUGCCCGCGGAUCUUGACGUCGCGUUGUAUAUGAGCAAGCUGGUAGAACUGCGCGAGUCCGGCAAAAAUCUAUCCUUCCGGGCGCAGGACGUUCUGGCAGCCGCGGAGAAUCCGAGGCUGAUGAAUACUAUGCUCAUAGAUAUAUUGCAAGCUGAUCCAGCCAGUGACGUAGCGGAGCUCCGAAAGAUGCAAACUAUAACGUGUCUCAAUAUCGAUUUGCCCGAAGGAGCUGUGCCGGCGUUCAUGACUGUGAGUGGUGACUUUGAUGUCGAAUACCGAAUCAUCAUCGCCACUCGGACGGGGAGAAUAUUUUCUAUUAAAAACGGACAACAGAUUCUGAGUACAAGAAUCAGUGUGGAAUCAAUGCCAGUGGGGUUGGUGACGAUCAAUAAGAUGAUCUACAUUGGAUGUAUGAACUUCAGACUGCACUGUUACCAUCUGAAGGGUAAGAAGAUGUACACUUUGGUUAUGCCAAGCCCAAUACUCACCAUGAAGGAGUUCAGCUGGGAGGCGACGGGAACAAGAGACGCUAAGUUGAAUGUUGAGGAGGACGCCGUAGUAGGUCCGCCACCAGAACAGGAUAUUCCUUUGAACGUGAGAACUGUGUAA